AUGCUUGCCACAGGUUGCGCAAUUGCGCACACAUCUACACAAGGACGCCUGGAGCGACAAGGCUCCCAAGACGAAGCGGACGACAUGCCCCAACCCCAGGCGUCAGGCCAGGCCCCCCCAACGACCACGAGCGACCCCCUCGCGCGGCCCGACUCGCCACCCACCCCGACGCCCACAACAAUAGACCACGCCGCCCUCCCGCACAUCUUCGACAACAUCCUCUCCCAUGCCGCACUAGACGUCUUCAUUGCGCUGCGCGCGACCAGCCGCGAGAUGUGCGCGCGCGCCAACUCUGCGCUGUACCACCACGUCUGUGUCUCCGUGUCGCGGGGGCACAACGCCGCCGGGCGCGAGGUCCCGCAUGUGUCCUUCCGCGCGCCGUACUCUGGCCGCCCGUUGCCCGGAUUAACGUGGGACGCCCGCGGGCGCGACCGCACACUCGCCCUCCUUGCCAAGCACACGCGCGUGCUCGACGACCGCGGCAGCGCGAUCAACCUCUCCGGCUACUGCCACCACCCUGAGAUCUUCGAGAAGGACGGCGGGCUCGCGCUCCUCGCUUCGCUGUAUCCUGAUGUUGUUCGUGCCUCCGUGCUCGACCGCCUUCAGAGACCCUAUGCGGGGUGGUACCGCGCCGUUAGGAAGGCUACCUGCCGGCGAAGCGGCGAGGGCGAGCCCGCCAACGACGGCAACGACGACGACGACAACGGCUUUCCGGACGAUUUGGACCCGCAGAACCCCUUGCACCGGCGCAUAGCGGCAACACGCGCCCUCUUAAAUGGAGAAACGGCCCGCACUGCACUCCUAGCGGGGCAUCGCCCCCUCCUCCCCGCCGCGACGUUCAUCACCUUCACCAGCCUGUGUGCGGACGAGGACCAGCUCGUCCCAGUGCACGGAUACCUGCCGAGCACGACGCGUGUCAUCUCCAAUGUGACGUUUGAGGUCGAUCCAACGGGCGUGGCGGUGAGGUACGACGUCACUGCCAGCCCCCCGAGUUGGGUCACCGACGUUAUUGUCGUCUUCUCCAACGCGCCAACGGGCAACAGCUGGACAUGGACGUCUGGCGCGCUCGGCGUUCUCCACACGGUCAUCGAGUCGAUGGGAGGCCAGGCUGGACGCGCGCACACCGUCACACUCGUCGGGCUGGAGGACAUGGACCCGGUGUACUACCACUGCGACGGCAGCCUCUCCACACCAUGGGCAGAGCGCAAGGCGUCCCUCGUGUCCAGCCUGCGCGCGGCCGUGAUCGACCGCUUCAACUCUCCCCAAGGGCCACCGGUCAUGCCACCCACGGUAAUGCUUAUGGGCCCGGGCAACAUGCCUGUCCCCAACCCCCCUGCGCCACCCGAGCCGCCCGAGCCAUGGCGCCCCCCGACGUGGCGCCUCCUCACGUUUGCAGAGUGGCGCGCAGACGUCGGCGACGAGCUAUACGCCCUCGCUACUGUUGCGCCUUGGGACCCGUGGCCCGACAUCCUGCCUCAUUCCAAUGCGAGCAUGGGGCGGUAG